AUGCGUCCGGCUGGUCCGACUGCUGCUGCACUGGCUGCUGCCCUGUCUGGUCCCUCGGUGCCUCCUCUCCUAUCGUCUCUCUCCCCCUAUCCUCUCCUCCACCCGCCUGUUCCCUCCCCUCUCCUCUCCCCUGCCCGACCCCCGAGUCGAAGCCCGGAGGCGCGGCGCCCGGAGCCUGCGACCUCUGCUGGCUCUCGUGCUACUGCCUUUGCUGGUCUACUCCCUCUGCCGUCCCCUCUGCCCACCCGGCCCUCGCACCGCCCGACCCCGCAACUGAUGCUGUCCCCACUGCACUCCACCACACGGCUGUCCCGCCUCGCCCCUCUCCUACAACUAGCUGUCCCUGCAGUCUCGCUCGAGCUUCCUCCAGGUGCGUGA